AGUGUGUUCACAGUUAUUCCUCGGACUUGACUUAGGUAGCAUCACUAUUUUACAUAUACAUAAUGGCUGACGACGGUGAUGUUGCGGCUCUGGUGGUUGACAAUGGAUCUGGAAUGUGCAAGGCGGGCUUCGCCGGCGACGACGCGCCUAGGGCCGUGUUCCCUUCCAUCGUCGGAAGACCCAGACAUCAGGGUGUGAUGGUUGGUAUGGGCCAGAAGGACAGCUAUGUGGGAGACGAGGCCCAGAGCAAGAGAGGUAUCCUCACCCUCAAGUACCCCAUUGAGCACGGCAUCGUCACCAACUGGGACGAUAUGGAGAAGAUCUGGCAUCAUACUUUCUACAACGAGCUCCGUGUGGCCCCCGAGGAACACCCCGUGCUGCUCACUGAGGCCCCUCUCAACCCCAAGGCCAACAGGGAAAAGAUGACCCAGAUCAUGUUUGAGACCUUCAACUGUCCCGCCAUGUACGUGGCCAUCCAGGCUGUGUUGUCGCUAUACGCGUCCGGUCGUACGACUGGCAUCGUGCUUGACUCAGGUGACGGUGUGUCCCACACUGUGCCCAUUUACGAGGGUUACGCCCUGCCCCACGCCAUCAUGCGUAUCGAUCUUGCUGGCAGAGAUCUUACCGACUACCUGAUGAAGAUCCUCACCGAGCGCGGCUACUCCUUCACCACCACUGCCGAGCGGGAAAUUGUCAGGGACAUUAAAGAAAAGUUGUGUUAUGUCGCUCUGGACUUUCAACAGGAAAUGGACACCGCCGCCUCAUCAAGCUCACUCGAGAAGAGCUACGAACUUCCCGACGGCCAGAUCAUCACGAUUGGCAACGAGCGUUUCAGGUGCCCGGAAGCUCUAUUCCAGCCCUCAUUCCUGGGUAUGGAGAACGCCGGUAUCCACGAGACCACAUACAACAGCAUCAUGAAGUGCGACGUCGACAUCCGUAAAGACUUGUACGCUAACACCGUUCUGUCUGGUGGCACCACGAUGUACCCAGGAAUCGCCGACAGAAUGCAGAAGGAAAUUACCUCCCUCGCACCGCCAACCAUGAAGAUUAAGGUGAUUGCUCCACCCGAGCGGAAGUACUCUGUAUGGAUCGGCGGCUCCAUCCUGGCGUCCCUGUCCACCUUCCAGCAGAUGUGGAUCAGCAAGCAGGAGUAUGACGAGUCUGGCCCCUCCAUCGUCCACAGGAAGUGCUUCUAGAUAUUGUUCUAAACAAAAUGACAUUAUACUAAACAUUGUGAUAUGUAAAAUGAUCUCUUACAGACUUUUUAAGAUAAUUGUUUUGUAAUAAUGAUAAGAAGUGUUGAUCAGUGAAAUAAAGUAGAACCACUUGUUUCUGCAAAGACGAUUAAAAAAUCAUGUACAUGUAUUUCUUUAUAAUACAUGCGAGUCGAAAAUAUUACUUAGUGCAUACUUGUAACACUUCAUUCCAGUAUGUUUAUAAGAAAAAUAAACAAAUUCAAUUGA